AUGGCGGAUACCAGAGACAAGUCUCUCGGCGAGGAGAAGAUCGAAGCCCAGCAGGUUGAAGCUGCUCAGGACGCGCAGCUCGGCCAUCUUGCUGACCAGGAGGAUCACGAAACUGGCAUCUGGAAUUCCUUUGUCAAGUACCCUUGGGCUUCGGCCUGGUGCAUCUACGCCUGUUGGUGCAUUAUCCUUGUCAGUUUCGAUCUGCAGGCCGCUGGCAGUGUCAUCGGUAUCCCUCAAUUCCGCAAGGACUUUGGCUUCAAGUUUGGCGAUGACUAUGUGAUCCCGGCUGAGUGGCAGUCUGCCUUCAGCGGUGCUCCAGUUGCUACGGCCGUCAUCUCUUCGCUCAUCUCGGCCGAACUCGCAGACUGGGUCGGUCGAAAGAACGUCCUCGCCGGUGCUCUCGUCAUCUCGUUCAUCGCCGUUACUGUCGAGUUUAUCGCUACAACGAACCUGGUUUUCUUCAUCGGAAAGCUGAUUAAUGGUUUCAUGAUUGGUGCUGUUGCCACCACCAUGAUCAGCUAUAUCGGAGAGAUCACCCCCCUGGCUCUUCGUGGUGUCUUUACUUGCUGUGUUGGUGUGGCCUAUGGUAUUGGCCCUCUGGUCGCCUUUAUCGUCAUCAACUACACUGGAGACGUCGAGACACGCUGGGCUUACCGAACUGUGUUCUGCUGCCAGUUUGGUUUCGCUGGUGUUGCCACUCUUCUCCUCCCUUUCAUGCCUGAGUCGCCAUGGUGGCUCAUCUCCAAGGGAAAGCGGGAUCGCGCUAUUCGAAGUCUUCGCAAGCUUGGCCACGACGGCGAAGCCGGUCACAAGAAGAUCGCUCUCAUUGAGCUCACACUCGAACAGGUAAGAAAGGAAACCGAGGGCGUCACCUACAUGGAAUGCCUGCGAAAGUCAAACCUGCGCCGCACCAUCAUCAGCAUCAUGCCCCUGUGCAUCCAGGCCUUCUCCGGUAUCGCGUUUGUGGCUGGAUACUUCACCUACUAUCUCCAGCUUGCGGGUUACUCGACUACGAAGAGCUACCAGAUUCAGAUUGCUCAGCCCGUGCUUUCCAUCGUCGGCAACCUCAUGGCCGCUGCCAUGGUUGACAAGGUCGGCCGACGUGCUCUCACCUUUUGGGGUUUGGUGAUUCUUACCAUCUUCCUCCUCAUCACUGGUGGUCUCGGCCUGGGUAGCUCUCAGCCUGCCAUUACUGGAACGGUUGCCUUUAUUCUCAUCUACAGCUGGUGGUACAACGUUUCGAUCGGAUCGACAGCCUUCUCCCUGCUCUGCGAAGUUUCCACCUCCCGUCUUCGCGUCAAGACUAUCGCCAUUGGUUACGCCGUGCAAAACUGCAUCAACGUCAUGUGGCAGUUUGUUAUCCCCUUCAUGUUCAACCCCGACCAGGGAAACCUCGGCGCCAAGGUUGCUUUCAUCUUUGGCGGUCUUUGCCUGUUCUCGCUCGCCUAUCUCUGGUACUACCAGCCCGAGACCGCUGGACGAUCAUACCAGGAGCUUGAUGAGAUGUUUGCCAAGGGUAUCCCCGCGAGGCAGUUCAAGUCGUACAAGACCGAGGCUGAGAUCCAGAACGAGGCUGCUGCUCAGGGACUGGACAAGGAACAGAUGUAG